UAUUGUGGGAGGGCAGAGAUGGCGGCGCCUGGAAGGCGCGGAGUUUUAGGGGUGGCGAAGGGCUGCCGACGUUUUGAGGGGUUGUGGGCCAGUCGCCUGGGUUCUCGCAGCCUGACCCUUGCGGCCGCACCGUCGAACAGCGGGUCUCCAUGGCGCCUGUUGGGUGCCUUGUGCCUACAGCGGCCACCGGUGGUCUCGAAGCCGUUUACCCCUUUGCAGGAAGAGAUGGCGGCUCUACUACGGCAGAUUGAGAUAGAGAGAAGCCUGUACUCAGACCACGAGCUCCGUGCUUUGGAUGAGGCCCAGCGACUGGCAAAGAGGAAAGCGGACGUCUAUGAUGAAGAAGAUAGAGAACAGGAUAUAUUGCUGGUACAGGAUUUGGAAGAUAUGUGGGAGCAGAAGUUCCUACAGUUCAAACCUGGAGCGCGAACCACAGAAGCCGAUAAGAAGAACGACCGAACCUCACUGCACCGGAAGCUAGACAGGAACCUUGUUCUGCUGGUCAAAGAGAAGCUUGGAGACCAGGAGUUUUGGAUGCUGCCCCAGGCAGAGUGGCAGCCUGGGGAGACACUCCGAGGAACAGCUGAGCGGACCCUGGCCACACUCCCAGAAAACAACAUGGAAGCCAAGUUCCUGGGAAAUGCGCCCUGUGGCCACUACAAGUUCAAGUUCCCCCAGGCAGUACGAACAGAAAGCAGCCUUGGGGCCAAAGUAUUCUUCUUCAAAGCACUACUACUAACUGGAGACUUUUCCCAGGCCGGGAAGAAGGCCCACCAUGUGUGGGUCAGUAAGGACGAGCUGGGUGACUAUUUGAAACCGAAAUACCUGGCCCAGGUUAGGAGAUUUCUGCUGGACCUCUGAUGGACUGGGCUGCCUGUGGACAGUGCUCGGACAGGUCUGCGGCGGGGGCCUCGGGGACGUUUCAUGGUUUUCCCAUCUUUUCAGGGAAUAUCAAGAAGCAAACUAAAUUCUGAGAAAUAAACAAGUUUAUCAACGUGUGGGUGUUGCCCUGCUUUGUCCUUU